AUGAACUCUAAUUGUUCCAUCUGCCAUGAACCAUUUCAACCCGAAAUUGCUAUGGUUACCACCCUGUGUGGGCACAUUUUCCAUUUCAGUUGUAUAAGUAAUUGGCUUGAACAAUGCGGCGUAAACGGAUCUUGCCCAGAAUGCAGGAGAAAAGUUGAUAAACGAAGUCUCAUCACACUUUUCUUUAACUGGGAUGAUAAUAACGUAGAAGAGGAAUUAAAAAAACAACUCCAUGAAAGGUACUUCGAAAUAUAUGACAAGAAUAAGAAAAUACAGGAACUCCAGGCAUCUAAUGAUUUAUUAAAGAGGUCUUUGACUCAAUUAAAUAAGGACUUAGAAGAUUCUCAGAAAGACAUGGCAAGCUUAAGAGAUUUAAAUCGUUUUGCUCUUUCUUGUAAAGAAGAUUGUGAAAGGAAAAUAAAGAUAUUAUUGGAUAAUCGAAGACAAAAUUGCGAGGAUAUCGAGAAUCUUCAGACAGUUUGUGCCCAUCUUCAAGAAGAAAACAAAAAAUUGCAGGAAAACAAGGAGGGAUUUAGUGAAGAGAUUCUUACUAUAAAAAGGGAAAAUGAAAAGCUAGGCCGUAUUAAAGCUGAAUAUGAAAAGUUAUCGCAAAAUAAUAAUGGUGUAGAGUUUACGCUGGAAUAUAUCAAUAAUAUUAAGAAAAUGAUUUUAUCAAAUGCUGAUGAGAUAAAGAGAAUUUUGAGAGAGAUAAAUGAACGUCCGACUAGUGUAGAGGAGAAAUUAACCGAAAUUGCUUUAUAUUGUGCAGAAAUGAAUCGAGUGAAUUCUACUUUGAUGGAACAGAAAGCACAUUUACAAGAUAUGUCAGCUGUAUUACGUUAA